UUCCAAAAUUCUAGAUUAGAUUUCUUUAUUUUGUUCCAGGAAAACAUGAGAACAACCAUAAAAAUAGAUUAAAUUUAAAAAUAUACAAAUUCAUUUUACAAUUUAAUUAAGAGUUCUUUCACAGUAAUUAAAUUGAAAUAUAAAAUAUAAUCAAAACAAUAACAAAAUAACCAUAAAAAUAUGCCUAUAAAAAAAGACUAUUACUCCAGACGAUACAAUAAUUUAAUUUAAUCUCGGUGAACGUCUUGCGGGAAAUAUGCCAGAGCCAGUGCAUCAUCAAGUGAAUGCAGCGCGGAAAACAUUCCAAACUUUACAUCAAAUUGCAAAAUUACUCAAUACAAAUUUGGAUCCGGCGACGCUGAGUAUUUGCGUGAGAUUAUGCGAAAAUGGAGUUAAUCCUCAGGCAUUGGCAACUAUUGUCAAAGAAUUGCAAAAGGAAGUGAAAAAUUUGGAUUCAACUCCCGAAGAGUUUUCUCUCAAUAAAACUCCGUCAUUUAAAUGAAUAUUUUCUCUCUUGCUUUCAAUUAAAAUUGUAUUCAUUUAGUUUAUAAAGAAAUUAUUUUACAAAAUAAAAAUUAACAAUGAAACGAGAUUUCGUAAAAGAAAAUAUCACCUGAAAAAUUCGAAAUUAGUUUCUUUACAAAUACAUUUCUUCAUUUUUUUUCUUUCCCCUUUUUUUCAAUUAAAAACUUUUUAAUUAUUAUUUUUAAUUAUCAUUCAACUGAAAAAAUAAAUCUGAUUUAAAUAAAUAAA